AUGGUUGUAAUAAAUGGCUACACCUUCAAGACGCAGCAACUUCUCACACAGCAGCCCGAUCACUCCCAGCACGCCCAUUUCGCUCAGCCGCAGAGUCAGGGUGCCAUUCCGGGUCCAAGUCCUGGUCAGCAGCAGGCAGGUGGCUCCAUGACCAUGCCGGCAUCGUCGGCGUGCAAGGGGAAACGGGAAUGGGACAUCAACGAUGCCAUUGUGCCGCAUGUGCCCGACCAGGAGUUCGACGAGUUCAACGAGUGGAGCGAUGGCCACGUCCGGCACAUCUACUCGCUGCACAACGAGGAGGCCAAGAAGCACAUUUCCGGCUGGGCCAUGCGCAACACGAACAACCACAAUGUGAACAUCCUGAAGAAGAGCUGCCUGGGCGUCCUGGUCUGCUCCCAGCACUGCACCCUGCCCAACGGAUCCAAGAUCAACCUGCGUCCGGCCAUUUGUGACAAGGCACGGCGGAAGCAGGAGGGCAAGGCCUGUCCCAACAAGAGCUGUCGCGGCGGCAGACUGGAGAUCAAGCCCUGUCGCGGUCACUGCGGCUAUCCGGUCACCCACUUUUGGCGGCACUCCGGCAACGCCAUCUUCUUCCAGGCCAAGGGAGUGCACGACCACCUGCGUCCGGAUCCUAAGAACUCCAGCGUUUCCAAGAGGGCCUUUGGCAGGGUGCCGCUCGGGGGAAAGUCCGCCAAUGGAUCAGGGGCCAAGAAGUCGGUCAUUGCGGGUCUGGUCAAGCAGGUGAAGCAACAACACAGUCUGAUAAGCAAGGUCCUCAAGCGUCCUGCUGCCAGCAAUGCUUUGAGUCACUCUGCCUUGGAUAUAUACCAGUACAACGCCUGCGGCAAGUGCACCACCUACAGCCACUGCACCUGCAGCUAUCUGGAGGACACCACCACAGCUAGGAGCCACCAAUUAUCGCAGUCCUCGAACUACGGCACCAACUCCUGGCCUCUUAGUGGAUCAGAGUCCUCGGCGCCCUGUGACACAGCCGCAAAUGUUUUCACGGUCAACCACCAGCACAUCACCUACAACUACCCCAUCUACCAUGCAACUCCCACGGCGGCGACAGCGGCACCUAGCAAAUCCCCCAGUUUGCCCUACACCUGCAGCAUUUCGGAACUGGCCGCAUACCAGCAAUCCUCCAGUGGAAACAGCUACUCCAUGGGAGUACCUACUCCCGUGCAUGGGCACACCCAGUGUCAGGCCCUCGGCUACGAGUCCAGUCCGCAACUGGCCACUCCGGAACCGGAGUUCAUUAACUACUCGCAGAUCAAGCACCUGGGUGGCGGUCAGGAGGAGAUCAGCUGCAAGGGCGAACCAGGAUCGGGUCUGCCGGCCACCAUAAAGUACAAUGCCACCGUGGAAACUCAGCCGUAUGUGGAGGACAACUACGACUACUACUACAGUCCCAAGGCGGAGUACGAGAUGCAGCAGCACCAUCAGCAGCACCACCAGCAGACCCACCAGCAGUUCGGAGGAAACCAGACGACGGGUCACCACUACUACGAGAGCGGAAGUGGCUACAAUGGAGUUAGCUACUUUGAUACGGGAACCACCACGGCACCGGGAAACAGCGCAACCGGAAACAGCUUGGACACCGGAUACGGCAGCUACUAUGAUCACUACUCCAGCUACGAGCAACAAAUGGCAGCAGCAGGUGGUUUUCCAUCAGCCGGAGGAGGAUCCAGUGUUCCGGCAGUGGCCCCGCCCCCAGGACACCCACCGCCUCCGCCACCACCGCCCACGCUGACGUACCACCAUCACCACCACCACCACUUGCACCACCCGGCGGCGACGACAGCGCUCGCCCCAUCGGUAACCCAUUGA